UUAAUUUUCAAUAAAUUUUUAUUUAUUGUUACUUUUGUGAGUUUCAAGUGAUUUCAGUGAGAAUUGUGGGUUUUUCCUUCUUUAACUGAGGGGUACCAACAAUUUUGUCCACGUGUGUAUGAGGCAUAGACAGAAAUGUUGUCAUCUCUCACAAUUUGCUCACCUUAGUAACACUCCAGCAAUAGUUUAUUAAAUCAAAUGAAUGCUUAAUGAGUUGUAGUCUUUAACCAGCAGGCUUGUGACCACAGACUUAAAAUGUUCAUCUUUAUAAUUAAGGUUAAAAGGCCAUGUUAAAACAGCAUUAAAGGUAAUAUGAUGUAAAAUUCUAUCUGCAAACUUGAAAUGUAUUUACAGUAUGAAAAGGUUUCCUAUUUAUUGAAACAUUUUGUUGACUUUGUUUUUUAAUCAUUUGCAUUUAUACAGUUGAAAAAAAUGAAGCAAGCAUUUCUUUGUCCUCUUUUUUGUCCCAGUUCAGUCAAUCUUAUGCUUCAAGUUGUUAGAAUUAAAAUUAAGCAAAUUAAAUUUAAAAGACACAACACACAAAGACGCUGUACUGUAAAUAAAAUAGGCAAAAAUUUACAUGUACAGAUAUUGUGAACUGAGACAGUGAAGGUUUUUGGUGAUGAACCACACUGACAAAACACCGGUGGUUGCUAGGCGACGUGACAACAAUAUGGCGGAGAGCAACAACCAGAGCGCAGAGACUAAACUGUCAGAAGUCCAAAAGAGGAUCAAAGCUGCUUUUGAGACGUUUGACAAUGCAGCCAACAACACAGUGGACGUCAGGGAGAUUGGCACCAUUAUCUACUCUCUGGGUUGCUUCCCCUCUCAGGCAGACCUACAUGACUUCAUAGCAGAGGUGGAAGAGGACCACUCAGGAUAUAUCCAUUUGGACAGUUUCCUCCCAGCCAUGACCAAAGUGCUGUUGGAGCACAAGUUCCCUCCCAUCCCUAAGGACCUUCUUCUUCAGGCCUUUGAGGUUCUGGACAAAGACAAUAAAGGAUAUCUGGAGCCUGAGGAGCUGACAAAGUAUAUGACACAGGAAGGAGAGCCCUUCACUCAGGAGGAGAUGGAUGAGAUGCUGACAGCGCUUGCUGACCAUGAGAGGAACGUUGUCUAUUACAAAGACCUCAUCAGUCAGCUGGCCAUUGACCCUGACAUGUAGGCAGAACACAGAGUGUCAGCAGAACUGUGGAGAAAUAUUGCAUACACACAGUUUGUGUGUGUUUGGUGUUCAUAUCUGUAUGUUUUUAUAACAGACUAGUAUUUGUGCAAUGGUUUAAUAAAUACAUGUACAUUUUGUCAGUCA